UGCUUGUUUUUGUGUUGCUGUCAAACGGCAAAAAACGACGACGACGUCGACGAACAGCAACCGAGUACGAGUGCGAAGUAGCAGCAGCCGCUAAUUUUCUUCAUUGUUUUUUCAAGUAUUGACUUUAGCAGAAUUUACAACUUUGCAUUGACUUUUUGCUAUAAUGAAGUGACGUUUAGCAGCAUAAGGUUCACUUAAGAGAAGAAAUAAUUAAAUAAAGUAAAUAAGUGCUAAAAACUAGCAGACAAAAAUUAUUAUAUGAAAAGCGGCCGAACGAACGAAUCAAAUAGGGAAAUAAAAGACGCAUUGCUCGUGAUUCACUUGAAGAAUCUGUAUAUUUAAAAGAAAACCCUUAAAAAAAUAAUCACGAUUGCAACGAGUCACGCACUGUGAUCCGGAAGCAACAAGAGAAGCAGUCAACCACAACUUAAGCUUGAUUGCAUCGUUGUUGCAGAGAAAAUUUGUUUAGUGUGUUGAAAGUGUUGCAGAAUCGAAAAUGACGCAAGUUUUGCCAAUACGCUUCCAGGAGCAUUUACAGCUCACAAAUGUCGGCAUCAAUCUCAAUUCGAUAUCGUUCAGCACUCUCACCAUGGAGUCGGACAAAUUCAUUUGUGUGCGCGAAAAGGUCAACGAUACCGCGCAAGUGGUCAUCAUCGACAUGAACGAUGUCAGCAAUCCGACCAGGCGUCCCAUCUCCGCCGAUUCGGCAAUCAUGAAUCCAGCCAGCAAAGUUAUUGCGCUCAAAGGUAAUUUCAAAGUUGCUACAUUUUUCCAGAUUUCUGACAAUUCGCUAAAAAAUUCACUCUUUGUAGCUCAAAAGACCUUGCAAAUCUUCAAUAUUGAAAUGAAAUCGAAAAUGAAGGCGCACACCAUGACCGAGGACGUGGUCUUUUGGAAGUGGAUCUCCUUGAACACUUUGGCGCUGGUCACCGAAACCUCCGUCUAUCAUUGGUCCAUGGAGGGCGAUUCUACACCGCAGAAAAUGUUUGAUCGUCAUUCAUCGUUGAAUGGUUGUCAAAUUAUCAAUUAUCGUUGCAAUCCAUCGCAACAAUGGUUGUUGUUGGUAGGCAUUUCGGCAUUGCCGAAUCGUGUCGCCGGAGCUAUGCAGCUAUACUCGGUGGAACGCAAGGUGUCGCAAGCUAUUGAAGGUCAUGCCGCCUCAUUCGCCAGCUUCAAGAUGGAGGGCAACAAGGAACCCUCAACACUUUUCUGUUUCGCUGUGCGCACCGCUAGCGGUGGCAAGCUGCACAUUAUCGAAGUUGGAGCCCCACCAGCCGGCAAUCAGCCCUUCCCCAAGAAAUCGGUUGAUGUUUUCUUCCCGCCCGAGGCACAAAGCGAUUUCCCGGUCGCCAUGCAAGUUUCCGCCAAAUAUGAUGCCAUUUAUUUGAUCACCAAAUAUGGCUAUAUCCAUCUGUAUGACAUGGAAACGGCCACGUGCAUCUACAUGAAUCGUAUCUCGGCGGAUACGAUCUUUGUGACAGCACCGCACGAGGCCAGCGGCGGCAUUAUCGGAGUUAAUCGCAAGGGACAAGUGCUCUCGGUGACCGUUGAUGAGGAGCAAAUCAUACCGUAUAUCAAUACGGUAUUACAGAAUCCGGAUUUGGCACUGCGCAUGGCUGUGCGCAAUAAUCUAUCGGGCGCUGAGGACCUCUUUGUGCGUAAAUUCAAUAAGCUCUUCACUGCUGGCCAGUACGCGGAGGCAGCCAAGGUUGCUGCACUGGCACCCAAGGGCAUUUUGCGUACACCACAGACUAUACAACGUUUCCAGCAGGUGCAGUCGCCCGCUGGCUCAACGACGCCACCGCUAUUGCAAUACUUUGGCAUACUGCUGGAUCAGGGUAAGCUGAACAAGUACGAAUCGCUGGAGUUGUGCCGACCGGUACUGGUGCAGGGUAAGAAGCAGUUAUGUGAAAAGUGGUUGAAGGAGGAGAAGCUCGAAUGCAGCGAGGAGCUGGGCGAUUUGGUGAAAACAUCUGAUUUGACGCUGGCGCUUUCGAUCUAUUUGCGCGCCAAUGUGCCCAACAAGGUUAUUCAGUGUUUUGCCGAAACGGGUCAAUUCCAAAAGAUUGUUUUGUACGCCAAGAAGGUCAACUACACGCCGGAUUAUAUUUUCCUUUUGCGUUCAGUGAUGCGCACCAACCCCGAACAGGGCGCUGGUUUCGCUUCAAUGCUGGUGGCCGAAGAGGAGGAGCCGCUUGCGGACAUUAACCAAAUUGUGGAUAUCUUUAUGGAGCAUUCGAUGGUGCAGCAGUGCACAGCCUUCCUCUUGGACGCACUCAAGCACAAUCGCGCGAAUGAAGGUGCUUUGCAGACGCGUUUGCUUGAAAUGAACUUGAUUUCGGCGCCGCAAGUGGCCGAUGCCAUACUUGGCAACGCCAUGUUCACGCACUACGAUCGCGCGCACAUCGCCCAGCUGUGCGAGAAGGCAGGUCUGCUGCAGCGUGCAUUGGAGCACUAUACCGACUUGUAUGAUAUCAAGCGCGCCGUGGUACAUACACAUCUGUUGAAUGCCGACUGGCUAGUCAGCUACUUUGGUACGCUGUCCGUGGAGGAUUCGCUGGAGUGCCUGAAAGCUAUGUUGACCGCGAAUAUACGUCAGAACUUGCAGAUCUGCGUUCAAAUCGCCACCAAAUACCACGAACAAUUAACCACCAAGGCGCUGAUCGAUCUCUUCGAGAGUUUCAAGUCUUACGAGGGGCUCUUCUACUUCCUCGGCUCGAUCGUCAACUAUUCGCAGGAUCCGGAGGUGCACUUCAAGUACAUACAGGCCGCUUGCAAAACCAACCAAAUCAAGGAAGUGGAGCGUAUAUGUCGCGAAUCGAACUGUUACAAUGCCGAGCGCGUCAAGAAUUUCCUCAAGGAAGCCAAAUUGACCGAUCAGUUGCCGCUGAUAAUCGUUUGCGAUCGCUUCGAUUUCGUGCACGAUCUGGUGCUCUACCUAUACCGCAACAAUCUGCAGAAGUACAUUGAAAUUUAUGUGCAAAAGGUGAAUCCAUCACGUUUGCCUGUCGUCGUGGGUGGCCUCUUGGAUGUCGAUUGCUCCGAGGAUAUUAUCAAAAAUUUGAUACUUGUCGUAAAGGGCCAGUUCUCGACCGAUGAGCUAGUGGCCGAGGUGGAGAAACGCAAUCGUUUGAAAUUGCUUUUGCCGUGGUUGGAGUCGCGCGUGCAUGACGGUUGUGUCGAGCCUGCUACGCACAAUGCCCUGGCCAAGAUCUACAUUGAUUCGAAUAACAAUCCCGAACGUUUCCUCAAGGAGAACCAGUACUACGAUAGCCGCGUUGUUGGUCGCUAUUGUGAGAAACGCGAUCCCCACUUGGCAUGUGUGGCCUAUGAGCGUGGGCAGUGCGAUCGCGAAUUGAUUGCUGUGUGUAAUGAAAAUUCGCUGUUCAAGAGUGAGGCGCGCUACCUGGUGCGUCGUCGCGAUGCCGCACUCUGGGUGGAGGUGCUGUCCGAGUCUAAUCCCUACAAGCGCCAACUCAUUGACCAGGUCGUUCAGACGGCGCUCUCUGAGACACAGGAUCCCGACGAUAUCUCGGUGACGGUAAAAGCCUUUAUGACUGCCGAUUUGCCCAAUGAGUUGAUUGAAUUGCUCGAGAAGAUCAUACUCGAUUCGUCCGUGUUCUCCGAUCAUCGCAACUUGCAGAAUUUGUUGAUCUUGACCGCCAUCAAGGCGGAUCAUACACGCGUCAUGGACUACAUCAAUCGUCUGGACAACUACGAUGCACCCGAUAUUGCGAAUAUCGCUAUUUCGAAUCAAUUGUACGAGGAGGCGUUCGCCAUCUUCAAGAAAUUCGAUGUCAAUACCUCUGCUAUACAAGUACUCAUCGAGCAAGUGAACAAUUUGGAACGGGCCAACGAAUUCGCCGAGCGCUGUAAUGAGCCGGCCGUGUGGUCGCAACUCGCCAAAGCACAAUUGCAACAGGGGCUCGUCAAGGAAGCCAUUGACUCUUACAUAAAAGCGGACGAUCCGAGCGCGUACAUGGAUGUGGUCGACGUCGCCUCGAAGGCCGACUCCUGGGAUGACCUGGUGCGCUAUCUGCAGAUGGCGCGCAAAAAGGCUCGCGAAUCGUACAUCGAAAGCGAGUUGAUCUAUGCCUACGCACGCACCGGCCGUCUAGCCGAUCUGGAAGAGUUUAUUUCGGGUCCGAAUCAUGCAGAUAUACAGAAGAUCGGCGAUCGUUGCUUCAACGACGGCAUGUACGAUGCAGCUAAGCUAUUGUACAACAACGUGAGCAACUUUGCGCGUCUCGCCAUCACUUUGGUCUAUUUGAAGGAGUUCCAGGGCGCCGUAGACUCGGCUCGCAAGGCCAAUUCGACACGCACCUGGAAGGAGGUGUGCUUCGCUUGUGUCGAUGCCGAAGAAUUCCGUCUGGCGCAAAUGUGUGGCCUGCACAUCGUCGUGCACGCCGACGAAUUGGAAGAUUUGAUCAAUUACUAUCAAGAUCGCGGCUAUUUUGAGGAGCUCAUUGCGUUGUUAGAGUCCGCUUUGGGACUGGAACGCGCACACAUGGGCAUGUUCACCGAACUGGCUAUACUCUACUCGAAAUUCAAGCCGUCUAAGAUGCGUGAGCAUCUGGAGCUAUUUUGGUCGCGCGUCAACAUCCCAAAAGUGUUACGCGCUGCCGAAUCGGCACAUCUUUGGUCCGAACUGGUAUUCCUCUACGACAAGUAUGAAGAGUACGAUAAUGCAGUGCUUGCUAUGAUGGCACAUCCGACGGAGGCUUGGCGCGAGGGUCACUUCAAGGAUAUCAUCACCAAAGUGGCCAACAUCGAACUCUACUACAAAGCUAUACAAUUUUACUUGGAUUACAAACCACUGUUGUUGAACGAUAUGCUGUUGGUAUUGGCACCGCGUAUGGAUCAUACACGUGCUGUAAGCUUUUUCUCGAAGACCGGUCACCUACAGCUGGUGAAACCCUAUUUACGUUCGGUACAGUCGCUCAAUAACAAAGCGAUCAAUGAAGCGCUCAACGGGCUGCUCAUCGAGGAGGAAGACUAUCAGGGUCUGCGUAAUUCUAUCGAUGGAUUCGACAACUUCGACACAAUCGCAUUGGCACAAAAGCUGGAGAAGCACGAAUUGACCGAAUUCCGACGCAUUGCUGCCUACUUGUACAAAGGCAACAACCGCUGGAAGCAGAGUGUCGAAUUGUGCAAAAAGGAUAAACUCUACAAGGACGCCAUGGAGUAUGCGGCCGAAUCGGGCAAACAAGAGAUUGCUGAAGAGCUUUUGGGUUGGUUCCUCGAACGCAAUGCCCACGACUGCUUCGCUGCCUGUUUAUUCCAAUGCUACGACUUGCUGCGGCCUGAUGUUAUACUGGAGCUGGCAUGGAAACACAAUAUUAUGGACUUUGCUAUGCCGUAUUUGAUACAAGUAAUACGCGAAUACACCACAAAAGUCGACAAGCUGGAACAAACCGAAGCGCAACGCGAAAAGGAGGACGAAACAGUCGAACACAAGAACAUCAUCACAAUGGAGCCACAAUUGAUGAUAACCGCUGGACCGGCUAUGGGUAUACCUCCACAAUAUGCCCAAAAUUAUGCGGCGGCGCCUGGCUAUGCGCCAAAUAUGGCAUAUCCCGGCUAUGGAAUGUAGGCAAUAACUACAAAACACACUUACACGAACACACCACUACACUACAACUUUUGAAAGCGAAAUUUAAAAACUACAACAACAUUUUCGAACAUUACCAAUCGCGUUGUAAGAGUAUGCGCACACACACACGCCUGUGCGCCUGCAAAAAACGUAAAUACAUACAUAUGUACAUAUGUACGGCAUGCAAGUCUUAAAAAACGAAAAACGCGAGCAUAAAAUGUCCCACAUAAAUGUAGCUGUAGUUACAACAUUAAAAUAAAAAUA